AUGACCCGAGUUGCAAUUGCAGGUGGUACAGGUGGCCUUGGCGGCACUAUUGUUGAGGCUAUCAUUGCGUUGAAGAAGCACGAUGUGUUUGUCUUGUCGCGGAAGGAAACCGAUAUUUUCCUGAAACAACCCGAGGUGACCGUUCUGGUCGUCGACUAUUCAUCCCCGGAUAAUAUUGCGGAUGUGCUAAAAGACAAUGUAAUCGACACCAUGGUUUCAUGUCUUACCAUGAACACUGAAAAGGAUAGCCACGCCCAGCUGAACCUCAUUGAGGGAGCCGUGAAGUCAACCACUGUGCGCAGAUUUGCCCCUAGCGAGUUUGGAAUCGAUUACAUGGUAGCGAGCAAGGCCAACUACCCAUUCCCGUCGACUGAGUACAAGGUAGCAGCUAUAAACAAACUCCGCGACGUUCCUACAAUGGAGUAUACCCGUUUCAUCAAUGGGACGUUCAUGGACUACUUCGGGCCUCCCCAGGCACCCACGCGAUUGAACGUCAUAUCUCUUGUUGUUGAUCACGAAAACCGCAAGGCAGCUGUGCCUGGUGAUGGCAAUAACCCUGUCGUCCUCACGCACAGCACAGAUGUAGCUCGAUUUGUCGCAGCUUCUUUGGACCUUGUGGAGUGGCCAGAGGCUUCAGUCAUCCGCGGAGACAGGCUCACCCUAAAUGCGCUGGUCGCUUUCGCUGAGAGCGCUAAAGGUUGCAAAUUCAACGUCUCGUAUGACACGGUCGCAGAUCUCAAAGCCGGCAAGAGUACUGAACUGCUGGUGAACGUCCAGCGGUAUGCCUUCUUACCGAAGGCUAUGAUUGACAGAAUAUACCAAACUGCUGGGCUUGCUAUGGUGAAUGGCUGGCUGGACUUGAACGGAAGUUUUUUGAAUGAUCGGUUUCCAGAGUUGGAGCCGAUGUCAGUGGAAGAUUUCUUUAAGAAAUACGGUUCUUCUUAG